CACGACCAGACAUUGUAGAUUCAACGAGAAUGGUCCGAAUGGUUGCUGUAUCUUGGACCCGCUUUGAUUGCCGUUCUUCUUCUAUCGAUGUUUUACCUUCUUCUUUCCGAAAUUGUGGAUUUGAAGAUGAUGAUGGUGGAGAAAUUUAGUUGUAUAGAACGAGGUGGUGCUCUGAGUUUAUGGAGUAUCACAGGGAGAGCUCGGAGGUGGUUGGUCGAUCCAGAGGGGUGAAUUUCCUGAGAUCACCGCAAAUUGUCACCGUGAUGUAAUUUGAUGGAUGCAGAGGCUCGGGAGUUGCUGCGUGGGCGCAGUCGCAGUCGUAUGGAGGCAACAUGAUGGGUCUGGUGGCAGGCUGCUUGGUGGCCGGAGUGGUGACACUUCUCCUCACAAUCCUCCUUAUCACUCUGGUUCUGCUUCGCAUCCGUGAGCAGAAGCAGGCAUGCUCCGAUCGUGCUUCGUACAACAAUGUGGUCCUGUCCCGAAGCACCAGAUCCUACCAUUCCAGCUCUGAAACGGUCAGGUCCAGCGGAUUCCUGAAUUUGAGCUCCUUCUUCAAAAGCUGCGCAGCAAUCGGCGGACAUCGACCUUCCAGUGUCAACAACAACGUCAAACGCAGUAUCACGCUUCCCAGAGAAGCGAUGAGUGUUUUUGAUCUAGAAAAACCCAUAGUAUUCCACUAUGGAGAAAUUUUUGCCGCCACUCACAAGUUUCUAGAAACAAAUAGGCUUGGACAAGGUGAAUUUGGCACUGUCUAUCGUGGAACUCUUCGACAUCAGGAAGUGGCUAUCAAGCAAAUGAAGGCAUCAAAGUCGACGGAGUUUAUGUCGGAAUUGAAGGUUCUCUGCAAAGUUCAUCACACCAACUUGGUUGAGCUCAUCGGGUACGCUGCUGGUGAAGAAAAUCUAUUCUUGGUUUAUGAAUUUGCAGACAAUGGAUCUCUUAGUGAUCAUCUGCACGAUCCAGUUUCGAAAGGGAACGUUCCUCUUCCAUGGACAACGAGGGUUCAGAUUGCUUUGGAUGCAGCACGAGGUUUAGAAUAUAUUCACGAACAUACGAAGACUCAUUAUGUUCACCGGGAUGUGAAGACCAGAAAUAUACUUUUAGAUAGUUUUUACCGGGCAAAGCUUGCAGAUUUUGGACUACAAAAGCUGAUAGAGCAUCGGGAUGAGUUCACAGAUACGAUUACAACAGCGCCCAUUUGUGGAACUUACGGCUACUUGGCUCCAGAGUAUAUACGAGAUGGAGUUGCCACAUCAAAGAGUGAUGUUUAUGCCUUUGGAGUGGUACUAUUCGAGCUCAUAACGGGUCGUGAGGCUUUCCAAACAACGAAACCUGGAUCCGGCAGCCACUCUCCUCAACAUCGGCAAUCUCUGAUAUCUUUGAUGCUGGAGGUACUGGAUCCAGAGGCUGACGAUCUGACAAAGACCAAGAAAUUCCGGUCCUGCGUGGACCCGAAUCUUGAUGGCACUUACUCAUUCCAGGCUUCAUACAAGCUGGCACAACUAGGGAAGGCGUGCGUGGAUGACGACGCUGGUUGCAGACCUGACAUGAAACAGAUUGUUUUCAGUCUAUCUCAAAAUCUGCUCACAACGAUCGAGUGGGAAGCAUCUCUAGCAGGGAGUAGUCAGAUAUUUAGUGGUCUAGUGGAAGGAAGAUAAUUCCGAAAUUUAGUGGUUUCUCAUUCAGUCCGAUUCACUGAUCAAGCAAGCGCAGGCAUUUGCAUGGCGUCAAAUCUUUAGCUCGUUAUGAACGGCAGCCGUUCACGGAUCGUUCACUUUCAGGGAUCGUGCUCGCUGUCGUAGUGACAAUCGUUUGACAUUGUCAAGCCAGGUUUCUAACCCUGAGCCUAAGAUUCCGAGACAGGCAGUGAGCGCAGUGAUCUGAUCUGAAAGGACGGUGCAGACGUAUAUAAUGUGCUUGAAUUAUUUGACCAGCUCGUAACGGAAUAAAAUUUUGUAUAAAUUUGCUGCAGCAAUUUCUCUCUCCCAGUCGAUUCGUGAGAAUUUCCAAAGUUCAGCUU